GGGGGUAUCUUAUAGCGAGUUUCGACUGUUUUCUAAUUUUAAGAUUUUAAAGUUCAAAAAGUGCCUUUUCCUUAUUUGCCUUAUUUUCCCUUCAUUUUCUGCCUUAAAUGACAGCAACCACCAACAGCUCAAUUCACAUCAACUUGGAAGACCCCAACUCAUCUACAAGUAGCCCACAACCAUUGGAACAACAAUUAAGUCCGUUAUUGCCUAAAGAGGCUGAAUAUGUUGAAAGAAAGAGGCCUCUAGCCAUUCAAGAAUUGCUUGAGAAAAAAAGAGCCAGGUUGGCAACAAUUCCGAAACAAAUUCAAAUGGUCGAAAAUGACAGUUCCAACGACCUCCAGCACAUAUUUAAUAAAUUUUGCGAGACAAAACUCGACCAGAACAAAAAUAACGAGAACGAUUUUAACCAAAUAUGUGAAGACAACGUCAUGUUUUACAACGCAAAUGGAGGGGAAGACGUCGAAACUGCCAGUUGUAGUUCCGGGGGAUGCCCCUCUUUUAACUGGGCGUUGUUCGAAGGCAUUUCAGGGUCCAUUACACCGUCUAUUAAUUCACAGAAACAACCGAAAAAUGUUAAAAUUAAUAAUAUGACGACGCCUUUAUUGUCUUCUCCUCUCAAAAAUUGUUUGGAAUUUUCGCCUACUUCUAGUAUGGAGAUUGGCGAUAAUGCUUUGGCUAAGUCUGUCCCUUGCGAUCGGUUAGAAAUUAAUUUUUAUAAAGAUUUGGGGUUGGAUACGGUUGGACCUCACUCAAGAAAAAGUAGGUCCAUGAGUAAAAACGACAGAAUGGUACCGAGGCUAAAGAACGAUAAAACGGUACCUAGAGAAAAAACGACAAAAUGUUACCAGGUCUAGGGAAUGACAAAACGGUACUUAGAGAAAAAACGACAAAAUGGUACGAAGGGUAAAAAACCGACAAAAUGGUAUCCAUGGUAAAAACGACAAAAUGGUCUCCAUGGUAAAAAACGACAAAAUGGUCUCCAUGGUAAAAACGACAA